UCAUCGAAAUCGAAAAGAAUAAUAGUACAAAAAUGAAUACACCUGGGUCCAUGAUUCUUGGAUGGGUUGCUCUCAUUGUAGCUGGAGGAGGUGCAUUCUAUUAUGCUAAAAAAGACAUUGAUGCAAGAAGAAGAGCUCAAGAAAUUGCUAAAACUAGACCAAUCGAAAAAUUAGAAUGGUGGCAAAAAGUUGAACAAGAUGAAAAAUCUAAAUCAAAUGUUACUAAUGCUACUAGUGAAAGUUCAACAACAUCAUCAUUGCCAAAUACAGGACAAAUUUCAACGAAUAAUGACACAAAGAAGUAAUGGCUCUUAAUUGUGAAUUAUAAUUAUUAUCAUUUAACUAAAGAUCCUAUUUAAGGGUUAAAGCUCCCUUUCUUUUUUGUUAAAGAAAUUACUUCGUAACAAAAAACUUCUUUAUUUCUCUCCUUUGCAAUUUAUAAAUGAUUACCUUAUAAUUAUAUAAUGUUUAAGGGGAAAAAAAUAAUCAAAGACAGAUUAACAAGAAAUCAUCUUACUCUUAAAGGUAUAUUCUUUUGUUUUAUUCACACAUCUAUAACGAAAAAAAACAUUAUAUCUAA